UGCACGACGUUUACAUCAUAAUACAUAUGAUAGAUUUGGUAAACAAUGGACAAAAAAUGAUGUUGUUGGUUGUAUGAUUGAUUUACAUGAUAAAACAAUAAGUUUUUCAUUAAAUGGUGAAUUAAUGUUAGAUAAUUAUGGUAAUGAAACAGCUUUUGAUGGACUUAAUAUUGAUAAUAUUGGUUUUGUACCAGCAUUAACAUCAUUUAGUGGACAAAAAGCUCGAUUAAAUUUUGGACAAGAUGUUCAUUCAUUAAAAUAUUUUACAUCUUGUGGUUUACAAGAAGGAUAUGAACCGUUUUGUGUAAAUAUGUCAAAAAAUGCAACAUUUUGGUAUUCAAAUUUUGUUCCUCGUUUUAUACCAAUAAAACAAGAUUCACCAUCUUUUGAAGUCAUUCGAAUCGGUGCAAGUCGUGAUAAUCCACCAAUAAUAAAACUUCAAUCUCGAUUAUUUGGUACAUUAGAAAAAGUUGAAUUUGAAUUUAUUCGAUUAUCACUUCCUAUAUCAUGUCAUGAUAAAUUUGUACCAAGACACAUAACACUUGAACAACGUUAUGCAAUCUUAAAUGAAUAUCUUGAAUCUCCUGCUGAAAAACAUAAUUUUAUAUUUCUAUCAAGACCUAAGAUGUCAUCAUCGAAUGAACAAAUUGAAACUUCAAUAACAAAUCAAUCUCUAUUAGAUCCAACAGAUUCAUUUGUUAAAUUUCUUGAUCAAUCAACAUCAAAAACAAAUUCAUCACCAAUAAUUAAUGAAAAUAAAUCAAAUAUAAAAACAUCAACAAAUAAAAUUAAUAGUUUUUUUCAUUGUUUUUUAAAAGAACAACAACAACAACAACACCAACAACACCAACAAGAACAACCUACAAAACGUAUAGUUAAAUUAAAUACAGAUACAAAUAGAAUACAAAAUCAAUUACAAGCUACAUUAAGACAUUCAAUAAGACGAAUGACACAUACUGCAAGAAAAUCUACUAUUGAAAAUGAAAAUGAAUUUAAUGAUCAACAAACAAAUGAUUAUGCAAAUGAUGAUAUACGUGUCAUUAAUGAAUAUGUUCAUGAAUAUUAUUAUGCUAUUAGAAUUUUACCUGGUCAAAAUCCACGUUCAGUAUUUAUUGGCUGGGUAACAUCAAGAUUUAAACCUAUAGAUCGACAAUAUGAUACAACAAUAAAUAAAUUAACUAAAUUUACUCGAUAUUGUACAAUAACACAAACCAAUGAUAAGGGUUCAAUUGUUGAAAGUAUUCGACGACAAGAUGCAUAUAUGUUUUGUGCAAGUGAUUUAUUAGAUAAUAUGAUUGAUAAAGGAAAUGUUGCUAGACGUGUUGCUAAUGGAUUAGUAAUUGGAUGUUUAUGUGAUGUAUCAACUGGACAAUUAACAUUUUAUGUUAAUGGAAAAGAAUCAACACAAAAAUUUCAAGUUGAACCAAGUACUAAACUUUAUCCAGCUGUAUUUGUUGAACCAACAGUUAAAGAAGUCUUACAAUUUGAAUUAGGACGUAUUAGAAAUUGUUUACCAUUAACUGCUGCUUUAUUUCCAAGUUUAAAUCGUGAAGAACGUUUUAUUCCUCAAUUACCACCUCGUUUACAUUUACAAUCACUUGUUCAUUGUCAUUGGUCACGUGUACCAAAUACAAAUAUUCGUUGUCAACAAUUAAAAUUAUCUGAGAUUCGUGGAUGGAGUGUAUUUGUUGAAGAUCCUGUUCAAAUGGAAGCAGUUUAUAUUCCUGAAGAAGAUCAAUGUACAGAUAUUUUAAGUUUAGUUGAACAUGAAGAUAAUUUAAAUUUUUGUUCGAAUACAUUAAGAUUAUAUAAUGCAUUAUGUGCUCAAGGUAAUAAUCGUGUAUCACAUGAAAUAUGUAAAUUUGUUGAUGAAAAACAAUUAAUGUAUUGUGUAAAAAAUGCUUAUUUAUGUGGAUCUAUUAGAAUUGGUAUUCAUAAUUUACUUAUUGCUUUACAUUUUGAAUCACAUAUUAAAGCAAGAAGUUUAACUUCAACAGAAUUUAUUAUUCCAUUAUCAGAUGCACUUCGAAAAAGUGCUAUAUUACAUCCACAAAAUUCAAAUGGACAACAACAAAUUUUGGCUAUGUCAACAUAUAUACCAGCUAUGGAACAAUUUUUAGCUGUACGACCUAAAUUAAUCAAAGAAGAAGAUUUUAAAGUUGAUCGUGAACGAAAAUUACUUGUUCCACCACCAUUUAAUGUUUCAAGUCUUAAAGAAUAUAUUAUGAAUUCUUUAACCGAUGCUAUUGAAAAAAGUUCUCAUCAUCUUCGAGAUCCAACCGGUGGAACAUAUGCAAAUUGGCUUGUACCAUUACUUCAAUUAGUCGAUGCUUUUCUUGUUAUGGGAACACUUGAAUUAAAUGAUAUUCAACAAUUAUUACGUUUAAUUGAUCCAACAUCAUUUGGAUUAGAAAAUGAAGAACAUUUUAAUGAAGGUUUACUUCAAAUGACAUUAGAUGAACCAGUUAAACUUCAAUUAUGUUAUAUUUUACAACAUUUAUGUAAUUAUCAAUUACAAUAUCGUAUUGAAAGUCUUAUUGCAUUUUCUGAAGAUUUUGUUAGAAGAUUACAAGCAGAUCAAAAACGACGAUAUCAAGUUUUAAAAGAAUCAAGUUUACCACCAGCAUUAAUGGCAAAAAAAACUCGAGAAUUUCGUUGUCCACCAAAAGAUCAAAUGCAAGCAUUAUUAAAUUUUAAAAAUGAUUUAAAUGAUACAAUUGUUUUUCAUGAAGAUAUACAAGAAGAAAUAAAAGAUAUGUUAAAAAAUUUUCAUUCAAAUUUACUUGUUUUACAACAAGUUGUUGAGGUUUGA